AUGGCUAGGAACUGCACAUUGUGUGGUCGCAAUGGGCAUAAUCAUAGGACGUGCAGUGAGAAAGGCAAGUGCAUCAAAUUAUUUGGUGUGAAUAUCAGUACUACUACUAGUAAUACUGCAGUGUCUAAAAAAGAUUAUGGAAGAAAAAUCAAGAAAGGAAUUAAAUGGACAGAGGAUGAACAGAGAGCAUUCUUGAAAGGAUUGGAGUUACAUGGUAAAGGCAAUUGGGCUAAAAUUGGUAAAGAUUUCUUGCCUAAUAGAACAUCAACACAAAUUGCUAGUCAUGCUCAGAAGUACUUCAUGAGAUUAGAUGCUUCUAAUGAGAGAAAAAAUCGUAAGAAACCAAGUGUUUUCGACAUUCAUCUUGAAAAAAGUAUGAAUCUUGAAGAAAUUUCUCAAGACACUACUGCUAUUACUGUUUCUGAACAUGCUAUUGUUCCAGUGGAAAAUAAUCAAGAACGUGACAACGAAACUCCUAUUGCUGCAUUUUCAACGAGUCAAGUACCAAAUUAUCUUCCCAAUUACAUGAUGAAAGUCCCAACACACAAAGUUUUGCCUCUUACUUGGGUUUACAUGUAUCCAUAUGGGCAAUAUCAUCAUCAUAAUGUUCAUUAUGCUUCUACAUCAGCCAGUGCUACUACAUUCGACAAGCCACUUUCUGGGGUUUCUUCUGCUUCUUCAUCUAAGGAUAAUUUGGAGUUAAGUUUAUAG